AUAAAAAGAAAGGUACCAAUUAGAAAGAUCCUUUUAAAAAAAAGGAGCCGGAAGGUGGCGGACAGAAUAAAGCACGACAGCGCUAUCUACAUCGUUGGGACGAGCAAGCGUGGCUAAUCAAAGCACUAAAAGGUAAGCCGUAAAGGCUGUUUAUUUUUGGGUUUUCAUUCGUCCUACAAGAUUUUUUCUCGAGUAAUGUGCUUCCUGGUCGUGUCGGACGGUACAUCGUGUUUGAAAAUCAGUUGACGAAGCAGCAAUGACCACGGAAACGUUGAUGAGGAUUACAUUCAAGACAAAUUUAAUUUAACUGGAUUAAAUGAGCAAGUACCACAUUAUAGGCAAGCAUUAGAUAUGAUACUUGAUCUUGAACCUGAUGAUGAAUUGGAUGGCCAUCCAAACCAGUCUGAAUUAAUUGAACAAGCAGCAGAACUACUUUAUGGAUUAAUUCAUGCACGAUACAUUCUUACCAAUCGUGGCAUUGCUCAAAUGAUUGAGAAGUAUCAAGCUGGAGACUUUGGUCAUUGCCCACGUGUAUAUUGUGAAUCCCAACCUAUGUUGCCUCUUGGUCUUAGUGAUGUUCCUGGGGAAGCAAUGGUCAAAAGUUAUUGUCCUAAAUGUAUGGAUGUUUACACACCAAAAAGUUCUCGACAUCAUCACACUGAUGGAGCAUAUUUUGGAACAGGAUUUCCACAUAUGCUUUUCAUGGUUCAUCCAGAAUAUAGACCCAAACGUCCAACAAAUCAAUUUGUACCUAGGUUAUAUGGCUUUAAAAUUCAUCCUCUAGCAUAUCAGUUUCAACAACAGUCUGCAUCAACAUUUAAAGCACCAUUGCGAGCUGUUAAUUAUAAUAAUGGAAAACGGAGUAAAGAUGCAAAUAAGAAUUAUCAUAAAGUGUAUCCAUUCAAACAUUUUGCAUCUCCGUAUUUGCUGCCUAGUUCCCAAAACACGAAUAAAAGCCGAUCUCGAAAUAGAGGAACAGGUAAUAGCAGAUAUCGAUUGCCUUCCCCCCCCAAGAAAAAAAAGAAAAUACAUAUAAAUUGAUCGUUUGUUAAAUAUAAUUUAAUUUAAAUAUUAAGCUGUAAAAAAAGCAAUUUAUUUAUACGUGAUUUAUCUUAAUAAAUACUGAGCUCAGAUAAACAAGAUUUGAAGCAAAUUUAAAAGUAAAGAUUAUAUGUAUAUUAUUCUAUAAAAUCUUGUUUUUUAUCACAGUUUUUUGAAAAUUGCAUUAUAUGCAACUUUUAUUAACUAGAAAAAAAAUUCAAAAAUUUUUUGAGUAUAUAUAUUUAACAUAGACAAUAUAUAUUUUAAUAUAGUAAAAUAAAAUGAUUAAUACUAUCUUUUUUUUUAUUACAAUCGUUAUAAGCGUUCAAAAUUGUUAUUUGUAUAUUAAUGAGUUAUUUUUAAAUAUUAUAACUUUUAAGUCAAAUAUAUUUAAACUAAAUUAAUUUUAUUUAAAAAAGUAAAAUGCAUGAAAGGAUUUUAAAUAAGUGUAUUCUUGUAUCUUUUUAAUAUCAAUAUUCAACAUCUAUUUUAAAGAUUAUAAAAAAACUUGAAUUACAAUAUAAAAUAAAGUUCCAAAGUAAUUUUUAAAACUUCCACGAAGUGAAAUUUAUUUGUAAGAUCUAGGUAUUUAUAGUGUUUAAAGAAAAUGUAUUAACAAAUGAAUUGUAGUUUAGAUUAAAAUUGAUUGCUUUUUAGUCAUUUAUUAUAUAUUACUGAAUUUUUUUUAGAGUAUAAAUACAAAUCAUUGUAACAUAACAUUACUCACU